UGCAAGGUGCAGAAAAAAUAGGAGAGAGAGCCAGACGGGUGGCUACUGUUGGAGAAGGAUAUAAGUGCUGCAAUAGCAGCUGCAGCUGUAGGGAAAAAUCCAAAUGGGAGCCAGAUAACCUCUGGUGGGGUGUCCGAGCCCCCCUGCUGCGUGAGAGAGGAGCAUGCCAAUGAAGAUUUUGUUGGUAUAACAGAAAGACUAAAUAGUGCUGCCUCUGCUGUAUCCCAGGUCUGCAGAGCUAUGAGAUAUGGAGGAGGCAGGCAGCUCCCUGCGGCAUCCCCGCUCAUCUUCUCCCAUGUCCCAUCUAACAGCCCACCUCUCCUGUCCUGCACUGCUGCACCUCUUCUGUCUUCUUCUGCUCUCCUGCCCACAACCUUGGGGAGCUUCUGCUUCACAGACAGCUCCGCACCACAAUGAUACGACUGCUACUGCUGGCACACUGGCAGAAGAAGAACAGGCAUCUCAACGUAACAGCAGCAGUACAGAGAGCCCGAAUCACAGCCAGAGCAAUGAAGUGCACAGAGAGAUCACACUGCCCUCAAGACUAGUUUAUUACCUUAACAAGGAAUCAGAAAGUCCAUAUCACAUACUGGAUACCAAGACAAGGGACCAGCAAAAGCAUAACAAGGCUGUGCAUCUUGCUCAAGCCAGUUUCCAGAUAGAAGCCUUUGGAUCCAAGUUUAUCCUUGACCUUUCACUAAACAAUGGUCUGCUGUCCUCUGAGUAUGUGGAGAUUAAGUAUGAUGAAGGAAUACCAAUACUUAACAAGGGAGGCGAGCACUGCUACUAUCAUGGUACCAUCAGAGGUGUGAAGAACUCAAGAGUGGCAAUAUCUACUUGCAAUGGUUUACAUGGAAUGUUUGAUGAUGGCACCCACACCUAUACCAUACAUCCAGUGGACCUAAGUCACACUACCGAAAGCACAAGUCGCCCCCAUGUCAUAGAGAAAGCUCCAGGAUCCCAAAUUCCUAGUGCACUACACCAAUCAGAUUCUGAGAGGGAAGUCAGCAGCCAACAGUCAUUUUUUGCGCAAACACAAUGGGUGAGAAGGAGACGGAAAAGGACUGUCAGUGCACGUGGUGGUGUAUUUGAGGAGAUGAAAUAUAUUGAACUUAUGAUUGUGAAUGACCAUCAAAUGUAUAAGAAACAACGUUCUUCUCACAUACAUACCAGCAAUUUUGCAAAAUCAAUAGUGAAUAUGGUGGAUUCAAUUUAUAAAGAACAGCUGAACACACGAGUGGUUCUGGUUGCUGUAGAGACGUGGACAGAUAAGGACCGCAUAACAAUUGGCCCUGACCCCCUGAAGAUGUUACAUGAUUUCUCCAAAUACAGACAGAAUAAUAUUAAACAACACGCUGAUGCUGUACACCUUCUCUUGAAUGGAAACUUUCAUUACAAGAGGAGCAGUAUGAGCUAUUUUGGAGGAGUAUGCUCUAUCCCUAGAGGCGUUGGAGUGAAUGAGUAUGGUUUUCUGAUGGCCAUGGCACAGCAGCUGGCUCAGAGCUUAGCGCAAAACCUUGGGAUUCAGUGGGAACCAGCUUCUCGAAAGCUGAAGCCAAAAUGCGACUGUGCAGAAAACUUUGGUGGAUGCAUUAUGGAGGAAACAGGAGUGUACCAUUCCCGGAGAUUUUCAAAAUGCAGUAUUGCUGAGUUCAAGGAAUUUCUUUCCCGUGGAGGGGGCUCAUGUCUAUUUAAUAGGCCAACAAAGCUUUUUGAAGUGACAGAGUGUGGCAAUGGCUAUGUGGAACCAGGAGAAGAGUGUGAUUGUGGUUCACGAACAGAUUGUAUUGGAGAUUGCUGCAAGAAAUGUUCUCUGUCUAAUGGAGCACAGUGCAGUGAUGGACCAUGCUGCAAUACAUCUUGUCUGUUUCUACCUCGUGAGUAUGAAUGUCGCAAUGCAGUGAACGAUUGUGACAUCACAGAGCAAUGCACAGGAGACUCAGGCCAGUGUCCACCCAAUCUUCGUAAACAAGAUGGAUAUGCCUGUGAUUCAAACCAGGGACGCUGUUACAAUGGGGAAUGCAAGACAAGAGACAAUCAGUGCAAACACAUCUGGGGACAAAAAGCUUCAGGGUCGGACAAAUUCUGUUAUGAAAGACUGAAUGCAGAAGGCACAGAGAAAGGAAAUUGUGGAAAGGAUGGUGUAGGCAACUGGAUGAAGUGCAACAAACAUGAUGUAUUUUGUGGAUUUUUGCUGUGUGCAAAUGUAUCCAAAACCCCUCGUAUUGGCAAAUUAGAAGGUGACAUUCCACCAACAUACAUUAACCACCAAAAGAGAGUUCUGGAUUGCAGUGGUGCCCAUAUUCUUUUGGAUGAUGAGACUGACAUGGGAUAUGUAGAAGACGGAACACCAUGUGGCCCAUCAAUGAUGUGCUUAGACAGGAAAUGUCUUCAUAUUUCAUCACUAAACAUCAGCAGCUGUGCAAUGGGUUCAAAUGACAAAGUCUGUUCUGGACAUGGGGUUUGCAGCAAUGAAGCCACAUGCAUAUGUUUUUCCACCUGGGCAGGAACUGACUGCAGCAUUUAUGACCCAAAGAAAGAGAUUAACAGCAAAAAGGAGGAUGUACCAAAGGGUUUCAUGGCCACUAACAGACUUAUAGGUGCAGUGGCAGGGACCAUUCUGGCUCUGGGGGUGAUAUUUGGAGGCACAGGGUGGGGAAUAGAAAAUGUCAAGAAGAGAAGAUACGAUCCAUCUCAGUCUGGAAUAUGAGGCAACUUGGAUGUUGUCUUCCUACAUCCACUGGUCAAGGACUCCAAUGUCACAUUUAUGGGGAAUCGCAACUCCAUCUCAUCCAUGGCCAUCAAAUUUGAGCCUUUGAUAUUUUGACACAAUAUCCUCAUUGGAUAUCCUCAUCAGAAUGUAAAGGCCUGAUCGCUGAUAUAUCUCUUUCGAACUCCAAAUCAGCCUACAAUAUAACAUUAUGAA